UUCCAUGUAAACUAGUAGAGACACGCCCAUCAAAUAAAAAAUGUGGGUGUGGCUCACGUUGUUUUUCCAAAUCAGCAAGAAAAUGGCAUCUCCAGUUGCAGUAUUUGGGUUAAGCCUUCUGCUGCUCGUUUGCAGCGUCCAGUCGAAAGCUCCAGUCAUCCCAGACGAGGAUUGGGGCUUUGUAGAUGUGAGGACAUCUGCACACAUGUUCUGGUGGCUCUAUGGGUGCACGGACAGCACCAAGAACAGGGAACAAGUUCCUCUCGUCUUGUGGUUGCAGGGUGGACCAGGAGGCUCAUCGACUGGUUUUGGGAACUUCAUGGAGAUUGGACCGCUGGAUAUUAACCUCAAACCUAGAAACACCACUUGGACUCAGGCGGCUAAUAUUCUGUUUAUCGAUAACCCUGUUGGCACCGGAUAUAGCUACGUCGAUGAUGACUCAGCAUAUACCACCGACGUUGCAGAGAUUGCUAAGGAUCUCCUCUCACUCUUCAGUGCCUUUCUUAAAACACACUCUGUUUUUCAGAAAAUGCCAUUCUACAUAUUCUGUGAGUCGUACGGUGGAAAGAUGACAGCUGCUUUUGCUGAAGUGCUUCAAGAGGCCAUCAAUGCAGGGAAUGUCUCAGUAGUCUUCAAAGGUGUGGGUCUUGGGGACAGCUGGAUCUCUGCUAUUGAUUACGUCAACAUGUGGGGCCCGUAUCUUUUUGCAACGUCGCUGGUGAACGAGGUGGAGCUGGCUCGCAUUCAAAACUACUCUAAACAGACCGAGGCUGCGUUCAACAAUGGAGACUAUGCCAGGUCCACUGAGCUCUGGUCUCAGACUGAGGAUGUCAUUGAAGCAUUGACUGAUGAUGUGGACUUCUAUAACAUCCUGCGUCAUAACGAUGACGAAGUGACGUCCCUUCAAAGUGGGCGUGGCCUCCCUCGUAUCCUGCAACGGUACAAUGCCCAAUCACUCAGUCAACUCAUGAAUGGACCAAUCAAACAGAAGCUCCACAUUCCGGACAAAGUGGUUUGGGGAUCGCAAGCUGGGAAAGUGUUUGAGAAACAAGGAGUGGACUUUAUGAAGGAUGUCAUCGGCACAGUGGACAAGCUACUCUCUAUGGGGGUAAAUGUGACUGUGUACAAUGGCCAGCUGGACCUCAUCUGCUGUACUCAAGGCACUGUGGCUUGGAUGGACAAACUCAAGUGGACUGGAUUGCCCAGUUUUAAGGCUGCUAAGAAAAUUCCCGUCUACCCUGACACUGACCACACUAAGAAACACACUGGUGGCUUUUAUCAGGCGUACAAAAACCUCGCCUUCUAUUGGAUACUCAAUGCUGGACACAUGGUACCAGCUGACAACGGGGACACUGCCCUCACCAUGCUGCAGAGGGUCAUCUCUGGCUGACUACACAAACAUUGUAUAGAUUCAUAAUAACAAGACUCUAAAUCAUUCAAGAAUUUCUGUGUUUCCAUGUUUUUGUGGCUAAUGAACUCUGAUAAUUAUAGUGAUAAUGAUGAUUGUGCAAUAUGUAAAA